UGUGAGGAUAGUGGGGCGCUCGCGUCAGUGCCGUGAGAGCUUCAAAACAAGAUCGUGUUUGGUGACGAGUUACUUGAUUUGUGAUUGAUAUGAUCGAGGAACACGACGAACGUGAAACAAUAUGCGACUCAGUGAAUUCAUUGGUGGAAGGCUGUCGUUUGCCGGUCAGAAUGCAUAGCACAGAUGAUUGGCCCCUUGCUGAAAUCAUCAGUGUUAAAGAAGUACACGGUGUCAAGUGUUAUUAUGUUCACUAUGUAGAUUUCAAUAAACGAUUAGAUGAAUGGGUUACGGAAGAUUGUUUGGACACUAGGAAAGUCCAAUAUCCUAGACGAGAUGGAACUACACCCGGCACAGGUGCGGCCACCCCUAAAAAACAGGCAGUUAGUAGGCCUCCUAGCCCUAGCAGUCUUAGUAAUGAACCAGUUAAUGGUCCAGCCGUAUUGCAAGCGGCGUUGCAAAAGAAAAUGUCUAGAAAAAGAAAAUCAACGUUCAUAGAGAACGAGGAUUCUCAGGAAGCACCGCCACAAACACCUGGUCCUAGACCGACUGGGUCGCUUGUUGCGCAUCAUCAUGAUGACAUUGUUACUAGAAUGAAAAAUGUUGAAUUAAUAGAGCUGGGUCGUCAUAGAAUAAGGCCAUGGUAUUUUAGUCCUUAUCCGCAAGAAAUGGUGAACCUGGCAUGCAUAUAUAUUUGUGAAUUCUGCCUAAAAUAUAGAAAAAGUCGAAAGUGUUUAGAGAGGCAUCUUAUCAAGUGCAAUUUGCGACACCCUCCUGGCAACGAGAUUUAUAGAAAGGGAUCGAUAUCGUUUUUCGAGAUUGAUGGCCGGAAGAACAAGAAUUACGCACAAAAUCUCUGCCUACUGGCAAAAUUGUUCUUGGACCAUAAAACGCUUUACUACGACACAGAUCCGUUUUUAUUCUAUGUGAUGACAGAUUUUGACAGCAGAGGGUUCCACAUAGUUGGUUACUUUUCGAAAGAAAAGGAAUCAACGGAGGAUCACAAUGUAGCAUGCAUUCUUACACUGCCACCAUACCAGAGGAGGGGUUAUGGAAAAUUGUUAAUAGAAUUCUCCUACGAACUGUCAAAGUUCGAAGGUAAAACGGGUUCCCCCGAGAAACCGUUGUCCGACUUAGGAUUGUUGUCCUAUCGAAGUUACUGGGCGCACACGAUACUUGACAUCCUUCUCAACAUAAAGCCGCUAUUGGAAAACGAAAAGCCUCAGAUCACGAUAAACGAAAUCUGCGAGCUAACCUCCAUUAAGAAAGAAGACGUGAUAUCGACGCUACAGAACUUGAAUCUCAUUAAUUACUACAAAGGACAAUAUAUUGUGACGUUGAAUAGGGAUAUUAUCGAGCAACACGCGGCCGCAAUGGAAAAGAGGCAGAUCAGAAUAGAUCCUAAGUGUCUACAUUGGACACCAAAAGACUGGAGUGUUAGGGCAAAAUGGUGAAGUGACCGGUUAGAAAUUGACAAUAAGACGAUGCUAAUUUGUCUUGAAAUUAUUUUCAGGAACCCAGGAAGUGACUACGUAUGAUUUUGUAGCGAGUGUACAAAGAGCAAACUGUACAUAAUAUUUUCGACCGGUUCACCGCCGGUCAUGCGUUUUUAAUAAGACUGCGGUCGGGCCUCGCACGCGAUUGCGACGGUCCGAGUAACGAAACUAAACGAAAACAAGAAACACUAAACAGAACAAA